GUGCUUCUAAACCGGAACCCUGUCCCAUUCGCUACGAACUGGCCAGUCAGGUUUGAGAAUGGUGUGUGCGCCUGUUCACGAGCUUCUUGUCUUAGUGUCGCAUGCCGACUCGCAGGUCCUUUCAACAUAUCCGAAAAAUUGAAUGAGCAAUUCAGGUGGUUUAUAGAUCAAUUACACAGCGACAAGCACACGAUCGUGAAUAAACCGGAUAUUUAUUUACGCCCUAAGAACUAUAAAAGGAAACCAACUAGCUCACGAAUUAGCAAUAAAAAGCUGGAAUGGAGAACAAAACAAAUGGAUCAGUGGAAGCUAAACUUGUGGCGGAGAAUGGCCAGCUGCCGGACCCUGCAGACUGGGCAUUCACUGAUGUCGUCAACUAUUUCAAAGCUGCAGGAUUUGAUGAGCAGGCUACUGCUUUCCAGGACCAGGAAAUCGAUGGCAAGUCUCUGCUCCUGAUGACACGGAAUGAUGUCCUGACUGGUCUUUCAAUCAAACUGGGGCCAGCACUGAAGAUCUACGAGUACCACGUGAAACCACUUCAAACUCAGCACCUGAAGAGUAAUGCUAAUGCACCACUGCAUGCUCCUCAACGUGUAACAAGAUAAUCACGAGGCAGGACGGACAGACCAGUCCGAAGAGAUUUAUAGACCCAAGAGGACAGUGGAAGACGAAGGGGCUUAGAAAACUCUUGCGUGGUUGCAUCUUGCAUCCUUCUGAAAAUAUUAUUUUACUUAAACUUAAGAUGCCAAAUGAUUUGAGCCGUUACAUUUGUUGGUAGUUAACCGAGUGGUAUCAGUUUAUGAAACCAAACAAGGAUUUUAAUUAUUUGAGGUCUUGGACAUCAUAAGAUCAUUUUACAGGUCUUAAAAAGUACAGGUCGAUUUUUUCUUAUUCGAAGAGUUAGUCUCAAAGCAAAUCAAGCAGAUUCAACUGAAUGGGUUAUUUAAUAGUGGACGAUCCUUUUCAGAUGGAUGCAAACGGUGCACUAGAUGUCUGACUUUGUGAUGCGCUAUCUUCUACCAUCGAUCAGUGUAUAUAUGUAUAUAUGUAUAUAUGUAUAUAUAUAUAUAUAUAUAUAUAUAUAUCUCAAACUAUGGAACAGUUUUAUGCCGGUUUGAACCAUACUUACUGAUCCACCAUUACAGCCAUUUUUCGUUUCCUAAUAAGCCACUAUUUAACUUAAUCAAAGAUGCAUCUAUGAACAUUAUGCAUGUCAAUUGUAAAUUUAAGCACAGGGAUAUAGGUUGAAUGUGUUCUUUGAUUUCCUUAUUCUUAAAUAUGGCAUUUUACUUUCGUGUUUGAUAUGGAUGCUUUUAUCACGCAUAACAGUGACAUGCUGCUGCCUUUUGUGUUGUAAAGUUGCCCUGUUCACAUUGCUGUUAGAAACUACUUGCAUCUUAAGUAAAGAUUUGAGAUGUAACACUGUCAGUCUUACCCAAGAACAAUUAGCAAAACACAGUCAUGUAGAGAAAGAAGAAUGUUAAUUUCUAAAUACAAAAAUUCAAGAACAAUGAAUAAAAUAGAAUAGAAAAGGCACAAUCAUUUACUUGAAAACCACACAGUGCCGUGAAAAAUAAACCCUUCUCAUCAUAUCCUCGGUUGGCUGAGAAUAGAUGGCAAGUCUUCCUGACAUGUUCUACACUUCAUAAGAUUAUGUGGCAGUGGUUUGCCGUUGGCAAUGAGGAGCAGUGUUGAGGUCAACUUUUUCCCUGUAGCAUCAAAACGAAGGCC